CACUGCGUCAUCAAAGCGCGUCUAGUGCAGUGUGGAAAGACCAACACAUAAGAAAACGUUGGUCUUAGCAGUUCGGGAGACAUGGGCUGUUUACAGAGUUUUCAAGGACCAGAGUUACGAAUCUUUCCGAGGAUAGUAGCUGCUCUGUGUUGACAUUUAGUUAAUGCGGGAUAGUUGACAAGAAUGGGAAAAAAAAGCUUUUAUGGGCGUUUCAUCGUGCUGUUGACAUGUCUCUGUUUCUUGUGAACAGGUAUCUUGGAGAGGAGGAAGAUGGGAGCGUGUCAAAGCAGUCUCGGUCUCAGGCGUUACUGGCUAAACUACAGCAGAAGGCAAAAGAGAAGCAGAAACAGAGUUUGACAGGACAGCGACAACACCUGCCUGAGGAACAGACAGUACAGCGGGGUGUCGGAAAGAAAAGGAAAGUUGACAAGGACAGCUGUCAAGAGCCUCAACACCACAAAAAGAGGAACUCAGAAGGAGUGCCUUUGUAUGUUUUGGACUCUGAAAACCAAGAUGAGCCUGUCGAAGAGAAAAAGAAGAAGAAGAAGAAGAAGAAGAAGAACCAGUCAGACAGUUCAGUUGAAGGUCAUUCAGGCUCUCCUGUGACUGGAGGAGAUGGACAGGAGGACACAGGAGGAGAAGACGACGCAGAGGCAGAAAAUGACCCACCAAAAAAAACAGCAGGGAAGACUUCUGCUCCAACUGGAUUCACAGUUGUGGGAGGAUUCGAGAACAAACCUGUCCAGAAGGUACACAGAGUCCUGCCUCAGUGGCUCGCUCAGCCGGAUGUGAUUCACAGAGACAUUAAAAGCAACCUGGUCCCGAUCUCUGACAUCUCAGGACUUUGUGCUCCACUCGUGAAAAAACUACAGAAUCAUGGAAUUCGACACUUCUUUCCAGUGCAAGUGGGAGUCAUCCCAGCCAUCCUGGAGAGCACGCAGCAGGGCCUGCUGAUUGGACGCGGAGGCUACAAGCCCAGGGAUAUCUGCGUGUCUGCACCAACAGGCAGCGGCAAGACUCUGGCGUUUGUCAUACCUGUCAUACAGGUGCUGAUGGAGCGGGUGGUGUGCGAAGUCCGGGCUCUGGCUGUGUUGCCGACCAAAGAGCUGGCUCAGCAGGUUUGCAAAGUGUUCACGUCAUACGCUGAGGGAACCACUCUGAAAGUGGUGAUGCUGGCUGGUCAGCGGUCCUUUGCUGCAGAGCAGGCCUCACUCUCAGAACACAGGGGAGGGAUGAGACGCAGUUUAGCAGACAUUGUUGUGGCCACUCCAGGUCGACUGGUUGAUCACAUCGACAAGAAUUCAGGCUUAUGUCUGGAACACCUUAGGUUUCUUAUCAUUGACGAGGCUGACAGGAUGAUUGACAGCAUGCACCAGUCUUGGCUCAGUCAAGUGGUGAAGGCGGUGUACAGAUCAGGAAGUGGACCAGAAGCCAUGUCCCUCUUCAGGAGGACUGAGCCAGUAUAUGUCACAGCAGCCAGUCUGUCUCCACCUCAGAUGCCGCUGCAGAAGCUGCUGUUUUCUGCCACGCUCACACAAAACCCAGAGAAGCUGCAGCAGCUGGGCCUCCACCAGCCCCGACUCUUCAGCUCCAUCCACAGUCACUCCAACACCACACCAGCAGCCCCCACCCAGAAACAAGACCGCUUCGACUUCCCCCAAGGUCUGACGGAGUAUUAUGUUCCCUGUACGUUAAGCAAAAAGCCCCUCCUCAUCCUCCACUUCAUCCUACGUAUGAAGCUCAGCCCCAUCCUCUGUUUCACCAACUCCAGAGAGACUGCACACAGACUUUUCCUGCUGGUGCAGCUCUUUGGUGGAAUCCAUGCCGCUGAGUUCUCCUCCCGACUCUCUCCUGGUGAGAGAAAGAAGACGCUGAAGCAGUUUGAACAAGGAAAGAUCCAACUGCUGAUCAGCACAGACGCAACUGCCAGAGGCAUCGACGUCAACGGAGUCAAAUGUGUUGUGAAUUAUGACGCGCCACAGUACGUCAGGACGUACAUUCACAGGAUUGGAAGAACAGCGAGAGCAGGUAAAGCCGGCCUGGCCUUCACCUUUCUGCUCGGAGUACAGGAGAAGAACUUCCUUCGGAUGGUGGGGGAAGCAGGAAGCCCCGGGAUUCAAAAGCAGAUUGUUAAACCUGAGAACCUCAAGAGUAUGGAAGCCCGAUAUGAACAAACACUGCAAGAGCUGGCUGAUGUUAUCAAGGGUGAGAAAGCCAAAUAAGGGAGCAACACUGACAUUCCCCUCCGAGCUGGCAUCUGUGCCUCACAAAGAUCGCACUGCAUUUUUAUGGGCUGUAUUUAGUCAUUCGUGUCUGUGUGCGGCGAAGCUGGUGAGAUCGGCUCCACUGUGGCGGUUCCCACGGGAAGAUGCCGACGCCUGGAAAGGAGCUGAGGUCAUCGCCUGUUGACUGAGGCUCUGACCUGUGAAUUCAUGUGGAUGAUGGCGGUAGAAAACAAAUGAUCAUUAGAGUCAGAAUAAGGAAAUGCAGUAGUGAGAAGAAUUUAGUUCAUACAUAGAAAGCUCUGGUCUGAUGGCCAAAGCUACAAAAACACACACACGUUACGAGGUGAAUUAACACGUAUGACUUCACAAACUAUCGUUUAAAAUUUGUGAUAUGAAGACAACUCAGUGUAAUGUGAAGUGAUAUUUCAUCAUGUUUUUUUCCGUUGGAAUUCGUCUUCAUUAUAAAAUAAAAACUGGAGAAAA